AUGGCUGCAUGGCACUCCACACGAAGUGUUGGACCAGGUGAGGGAAUCCGCGCCCAUUGCGCGUCUGCUGCUCAGGGCCCCUUGGGUCAUUAUCCUGGCUCGCAAUCUACCCAUUCUCGAGCGUCAAACCGCGAGUCUGAUGGCGUGGUAUACACGUACAUUGAGGAAAGGAAAAAGCAGGGAGAUCUUUCUCACGAUCUCUUCAGUUAUCUUAUCCAGGACUCACUGUCUGAUUCCAGCCAUGCUGGGAAAGGCACUGAUCAGGACCUUGUCUACAAUACCGAGCUUGCGGUCGUCGCGGGAAGUGACACCACUGCGACUACUCUUGGCUGUGCUCAAUUCUUUCUGGCAAAAAAUACCGCUAUCCUCAAGGAAUUGCGCAGAGAGAUCGAUGCCGCAGUUGGCGUUGGAAAACCCCUGUCUCACUCAGCACUACUCAGCUGCCAAUACCUAGAAGGGUGUGUCAACGAAAGCUUGCGUCUUUGCUCCCCGACGCCUAGCGGUUUACCGCGAGAGACAGGCUCACAAGGAACAAUUAUUGCAGAAACUUAUAUACCUCCACGCAGCACUGUUUCAGUGCAUUUUUACACGGUGCAUCGUGCUAAGCUAUCCAAGAGAUACAUUAGGUUCAAAACAUAUACCAAGGAGCUACUCUGGAUCUGGCCCCAGAUCCCCGUAAUUUUCAGGAUCCCGAAGCGAUGGUCCAGUCGUCCGGAUUUGAUCAUUCGCAGAGAAGCAUUCGUGCCGUUCUCUAUAGGGCCAUACUCGUGUGUUGGUAAGCCGUUUUCCAUUAUGGAAUUGAGGCUGCUGCUGGCGACGAUAGUCAAGAAUUUCGAUCUUGAGUUUCCACCAGGAGAUGAGCCAGAAUCAUUGGAGAGGAUAGGUGCUACUGGACCGCAGGAUUGCUUCGUCGCCCGGAUUCCGUCGUUUUAUCUGAUAUUCAAAGCAAGAGCCAAGGAAUAG